GGAUGAACACAUUGAUUGGUUACGAUCUGGUACCUGAGCCAAAGAUUCUUGAGGCAGCACUGAGAGCCUGUCGGAGGUUAAACGACUUGGCGAGCGCAAUCAGAAUUCUGGAAGCUGUGAAGGACAAAGCCGGCCCACAUAAAGAGAUCUACCCGUACCUGAUCCAAGAGCUGAAGCCAACAUUACAGGAGCUUGGCAUCUCUACACCUGAAGAGCUUGGCAUUGACAAAGUGUAGAUGGGAAGAUCUAAAGAUGAUGGAACGCAGUACCCUUGUACUUAAAUGUUUGCUUCAUACGUGUGAUAUUUAAUUUGGCCUUUAUUAAGUUCUAUUGCUUGUAAAAUAUUGAUGAACCUAAUAAAGGAAACUAUCUUUAUUGAGUGUCACAAGUAUGUUUUGGGAAAUUUUAAAUUUGUUUGAGUACUUAUUGAAGCAGUACAUUCAUUUUAAUUUGCUUUAAAGGAGAGCAGGGCGUCGCUUUGUUCGUGUUGUCUGUGUGUGUCUGAACUUUCUUGUGAGAGUCAGAUUUUGCCACAAGGGAGCAGCGAUUUCACAUGUAUGGAAAAAAAUCAUUCUACUGUAUUCAAGCUAUAUCACAUCUGUUUUCAUUUCAGGGAAAAUGUAUAUGCUGGUAAAAUAAACUUGUUCAAAUGGCAAA